AUGGAGGUCUACACUGUAACUGUAGCAACAGGGACGUCAGACUAUUCUGGAACAAACAACUACAUCUACGUGACUCUGGUGGGAGAGAAAGGUGAGAGUGAGCGCACCCUGCUGGACAACCCUGGACUGGACUUCUGCAAAGGAGCGGUGGACCAGUACAAGGUGAGCAGCAGUGCCCCAUUGGGCUCACUGUUACUGGUCAGACUGGAGAAACAGCGAUACUGGGUGGAAGAUAACUGGUUCUGUCGCUACGUCACAGUGGAGCCACCAGGGGGAGACAAAGCACUAGUGUUCCCGUGUUACCGCUGGUUAAUCGGAGAUGUGAAGCUGGAGAUCAGGGAGGGAACAGCAACGACCCUGAGAGAUGACAAGCCCCCUCUGCUGCUGGCUCACAGGAAGGCUGAGCUCCAGGAGAGGAAGAACACCUACAGGUGGGUCACGUGGGCUCCAGGGAUCCCCAGGUGUAUCGAUGCUAAAAGUGAAGCAGAUUUACCCCAGGAUGUCCGCUUUGACAACGAGAAGAGGAGCGACUUUGAGCACUCCUUACACUACGCCCUCCUGGAGCUGUCCCUGAAGAAACUGGCCAUCAGGUUUGGAAAGUCCUGGAAUGACCUGGAAGAUUUCAGACGGAUCUUCUGGAAGCUGCGGAGCCCCAUAGCUGAGUUCUGUAUGGAGCACUGGAAGGAGGACUGGUUCUUUGGCUACCAGUGCAUGAACGGGUCCAACCCCAGGAUGAUCCAGAGGUGUAAGAAGCUUCCAGAGAACUUCCCCGUCACUGCAGACAUGGUUCAGAGCUCCAUGGCUCCCAGGACAUCUCUGGACAGAGAGCUGAAGGCAGGUAACAUCUACCUGCUGGACUACGCUGUCACAGACGGGAUCCCCGCCAACACCAUCAGAGGGAAACGCCAGUACAUCGCCGCUCCGCUCUGCCUCCUGUACCAACACCCAGACCGUGGCCUCAUACCUGUGGCUAUACAGCUGGAGCAGACCCCUGGUUUGGACACGCCCAUGUUCCUACCUACAGACCCGCCCCUUGCCUGGCUACUGGCGAAAAUGUGGGUGCGUCACUCAGAGUUCCAGGUGUUCCAGCUGCUGUCUCACCUGCUGAGGACUCACCUGGUCAUAGAGGUGUUCUGUGUGGCCACUCUGAGACAGCUGCCCGCCGUCCACCCCGUUUACAAGCUGCUGGCUCCUCACCUGCGCUACACUCUGGAGAUAAACUGUAGGGGGCGCACUCAGCUCAUCUCUGAGAACGGCAUCUUCAAACGGGUGGUAUCCACAGGUGGUGAGGGUCUGCUGGUUCUGGCCCAGAGAGAGUAUAAGGUGCUGACCUACCGCUCUCUGCAACCUCGGUACGACUUCAUGGACAGAGGAGUGACAAAACUGCACAACUACCAUUACAGAGAUCACAGCCUGCUGCUGUGGGAUGCCAUUCACAAGCUCAUCUCAGGUGUGCUGGAUCUUUAUUACCUGUCAGAUCAGGAUGUCCAGGACGACAUGGAGCUGCAGGCAUGGAUCAGAGAUGUCACCCAGGAAGGAUUCACAGAGCUCCCUAACUUUGGUCUGAGCAGUAAACUAAACAGUAGAGAGGAUCUCUACACACUGCUGACUGUCGUCAUCUUCACUGGCACGGCUCAGCACGCCGCCACCAACAAUGGGCAGUUCGACUGGUGUGCCUGGGUCCCGAACACGCCCUGUACCAUGAGACACCCCCCACCCACAGACAAGGAUGCUGUUAACAUGGAGAUGAUCAUGGACACCCUCCCUGACGUGAGUCAGUCGUGUGUCCAGAUGGCGAUCACAUGGCACCUGGGACGAGCUCAGCCAGACGCCAUCCCUCUGGGUCAGUACACAGAGGAACACUUCACAGAGGGGCCAGCUCAGCAGGUGAUUGACAGGUUUAGGGCGGAGCUGAAGGAGAUCGAGGAGCAAAUCAGGAGUGAGAAUGAGGGGGAGGAGCUUCAGUACCUGUUCUUGCUGCCGAGCCGCAUCGAAAACAGCAUCACCAUCUAACCACGCUAAUAUCACACUGGUGUCUGAUUUUUCAUCAUGAAACUUUAUUUAUAAAAGUGCAUUUACACUCAGAGAAAUCUUUACUGUUGCAACCAUUCAGAGCUUUAAAAUAAAUCAAUGUUUUCUUGCCUGGUUUGAUUUUGUGUGC